GGACCGCGGCCUCAAGUCCUGCUGCCCGCGGCCCGAGUUCGAGAGGCUCCGCGGCGGCGGGAAUGCCUCAUCACCUGCGCCCCGGAGCCCACUGGUGCCGCUGCUGGGCGUGGGGCUCUACGGCUGCCUCGUCUUGGCGCUCAUGACCGUCGACUUCCUGCACUUCUACCGGCUUAACCAGCGCCGCUCCCAUCGCCUCCUCCGGCCGCGAUUCCUCGGGACAUGUCCCUGCGCCGCCCCCGGCCAGCAUGGGCCCCCGAGGGGCGGCAGAAAGGUUCCGGAGCUCCGCCGGGAGGGCAACGAGCUGUUCCAGGCGGGCCGCUACGAGGAGGCGCUGGCCAUUUACACGCGGGCGCUGAGCCUCUGCCCGCUCGAGGAUGCCGUCGAGCCCAGCCCGCACCGCGCCGUCCUCCACCGCAACCGCGCCGCCUGCCACCUCAAGCUCGAGGACUAUUUCCAAGCAGAACGGGAUGCCUCCAAAGCUAUAGAAGCUGACGGGCGUGAUGUGAAGAGCCUCUUCCGUCGCAGCCAAGCCCUUCAGAAGCUGGGCCGCCUCGACCAGGCUGUCCUAGAUCUGCAGAGGUGUGUCAGUUUGGAGCCCAAGAACAAGGCCUUCCAGGAGGCUCUGCGCAAUCUUGGCAGCAGCAUGCAUGAGAAGAUGACAGCCAUGUCCUGCACCGAUUCCAAAGUGGAGCAGAUGUUUAAAUUGCUGCUGGAUGCUGAAGAAAAAGAUCUGGACAAGAAGCAAAAGGCAGCUCAGAAUUUGAUCGUUCUGGCUCGAGAGGAACCUGGUGCUGAGAAGAUUUUCCAGAGCGACGGGGUGCGCCUCUUGCUGCAGCUGCUCGAUACGAGCCGGGUGGAUAUGGUGCUGGCAGCCGUGCGGACUCUCACAGGCCUUUGCAACGGGCAUCGUUCUCGGACAGCCGUGAUCCUGGCUGAGCUGGGGGCUCAGCGCCUCUUUGCUGUGCUGGAGAUGGAGGAUGAGCAGGUCUCACUGGCCACCUACAGCCUGCUGCAGGUCGUGUUUGAUGCCUUGAAGGAGGGGCUGCAGAGGGAUGUGCGUGGCAAGGAGGAAGCCUUGGUGUUGGAUACAUCCAAAGAGCUGAAAUCGGUGCUCAAGCAGCUACUGGAGGCCCUGACACGGGGCAGCAUGUCCGCCUACGGCCGGGACAGCAUCCUCAACUUGCUGAUCAGCGUGGUGCCCCGGAAGUCACUGCAGGACCCCAACAACUGCCUAACCCUCUGGGUCAUUGACCAGGGUCUCAAGGAGAUCCUGGAGGUGGGGGGCACAGUGAGCCACAGUCCCGGGGGCCUGCGUGUAACAGAGAACACCCACAUGAGCGCCGCCGUCCUUCUCAGCAAGCUCUAUGGGGACUUGAAGUGUGACGGAGAGCGGGAGAAUUUCCACCGGCUCUGCGAGGACUACGUCAGGGGCUGGUUCCAGGACCACGGUGUGCCUGGGAAGCUGCGGGCCAUCCAGACGGCGUCGUGCCUCCUGCAAGGCCCCUUGGAGGCUGGGAAUCGGGUGCUGGAGCUCAGCGGCAUCCUGGAGAGCAUCCUGGCCUUGUGUGCCUCAUCACAGGAGGCCGACCAGCUCGUGGCUGUGGAGGCCCUGAUCCAUGCAGCUGACAAGGCCAAGCGGGCCACCUUCAUCACCGCCAAUGGUGUGACGCUGCUCAAAGAGAUCUAUAAGCACAGCGAACGUGACAGCAUCCGCAUCCGUGCCCUGGUGGGCCUCUGCAAACUGGGCUCGGCGGGGGGCACAGAUUUCAGCAUGAAGCAGUUUGCUGAAGGCUCUACCCUGAAGCUGGCCAAGCAGUGCCGAAAGUGGCUGUGCAACGAGGCCAUCGAUGCUGGCACCCAGUACUGGGCGGCAGAAGGCCUGGCCUUCCUCACCUUGGACGCGGACGUGAAGGAAGAGCUGCUGGAGGACCCGGCCGCUCUGCAGGCUCUCCUCCGGCUGGCGAGGUCAGAGAACCGGAGCGUCCUCUUUGCUGUGGCCUCCACGCUGGUGAACUGCACCAGCAGCUACGACCAAGAAGAGCCCGAUCCCCAGAUGGUGGAGCUUGCCAAGUAUGCAAAGCAGCACAUUCCUGAGAAGCACCCAAAGGACAAGCCGGAGUUUGUGCGCCGGCGUAUGCGGAAGCUGCUGGCUGCUGGCGUGGUGUCGGCACUCACCUGCAUGGUGAAGAGCGAGCCGCUCUCCCUGAGUCCUGCCUGCCGUGAGUUGAUUUCCAGGGUUUUCCUGGCUGCCGUAGAAGACGCAGAGGACAGAGGGGCCGUGGUGGCGGCAGGAGGGGGGAAGGCACUCAUCCCUUUGGCCCUGGAGGGCACUGAAACAGGGCAGACGAAGGCAGCACAGGCGCUGGCCAAGAUAACCAUCACCACCGCCCCCGAGAUGGCCUUUCCGGGCGAGCGGAUCUACGAGGUGGUCCGGCCCUUGGUUGGCCUCCUGCACUUGAGCCACACCGCCCUGCAGAAUUUUGAGGGGCUGAUGGCUCUUACCAAUCUGGCUGGGACUAGUGAGCGGCUCAGGCAGAAGAUUGUGAAGGAGAAGGCUGUGCCCAUGAUCGAAGGCUACAUGUUUGAGGAGCACGAGAUGAUCCGCUUGGCAGCCACCGAGUGCAUGUGCAACUUGGCCCUGAGCCCGGAGGUCGGGGAGCUGUUUCUGGCGGAGGGCACUGACCGGCUCAAGCUGCUGGUUCUGUACAGCGGGGAGGAGGAGGAGCGGCUCCGGAGGGCAGCCUCGGGGACGCUGGCCGUCUUGACGUCGCUGCUGCCGCAGGUCGGCACUCGCAUUCCUCAAGUGACGGUCCACUGGCUCGAGAUCCUGCAGGCCCUGCUGCUCAGCCCCAGCACCGAGCUCCAGCAUCGCGGCGUGGUGGUGGUACGGAACAUGGUGGCGGCCAACAAGGAGGUGGCGGAGAAACUGAUGGAGAGCGAGACGUUGGAGAUCCUGUCUGUCAUGGCCAGGGCUGAGGACACGCCCCAGGUGGCCCACAUGGCCAAGGAGUGCCUGGUUCAGGCUGUGGCCUAUGGCUUGAUCAAGCCCAGCUCUGCUGCUGCUGCUGCGGGGGAGAAGUGAGAGCCCGCCUGUCUCCAGCCUGCUUGGACACGCUGCACAGGCACCGGGAGGAGAAAUGGGGCUUGCUGGGGGCUGGGAGCAGACAAAGGGAGCUUGCCACAGGCACCUUCAGACCCACGCGGCUUGUGCCACUGUCUCCUGGCACAGCAGGCAGCUCUGGGGGCUCUUCUGCAGCCUCCUGGCUGUCUGUCAUCUGGAGAAUGAGUGUCUCACUGGGGCGCUGGCUGGUGGGCUGGCUGACCCGGGGCUUGAGCUGCCGGGGCCACUGAGCGGCUUGUGCUGCAUGGCUGCCUCUUUCCUUACUGCUGCUGGGAGUCACGGCCUCCCUGUGACGACUCAGUAGAUGAUCCUCUGCAGGCUGUGGCUCCGGCUCCUGUGGCUUCCUCCCCUACCUGGGGCUAGGGAGGAAACUGUCUUGCGGACAAUCUGUUCCAUUCCUGCUGGCAAAUAGGACCACCCUUAUAGUGAGCAAAGAUUAUACGGGAAACAGUGUAUACGGUAUGAAAUGAAUAUGGAAAUCUAUGCAAAACAGGAAAACAAAGUAAAUGUCUUUUUCUGUAC